AUGACCCUGACACGAGGUUCCUUCACAUACUCGAGCGGCGAGGAAUACCACGGGGAAUGGCGAGAAGGUCUUCGUCACGGCCGUGGCCAGUUGACCUUCAGUGACGGAACCUGCUACACGGGCCAGUUCGAAAACGGACUCUUCAACGGCUGCGGUGUGCUGGUCUUCGCCGACGGCUCCAGGUAUGAAGGAGAGUUUGUGCAGGGGAAGUUCCAAGGUGCUGGUGUCUUUACACGCUUCGAUGGAAUGACGUUUGAGGGAGACUUUAGAAGUGGUUGUGUGGAAGGUUCCGGACUGUUGACAUUUGUGGAUGGCGGUGGUGGCUGCCAUGAAGGUAUCUUUGAGAGCAGCCAGCUGAUGCGGCGGGAGAGCAGCCAGGCCGCAGUCCAGCGGGCCCAGGCAGCUGCCGCCAAGGCCCGCACACUAGCCAUGUGA